GGCAAAAUGGCCUCCACCCAAAGGGCGUUUACACAAAAAUUAUCCAAACAACAUGCAGCAGAUGUACGCAGAAAUGUUGCCUGCAACAAGAGUGGCCUGUUAUCGCCUUCAUCUACAUCUAGUUGGAAUAACGACGUUACGGAGCCUCUAGACUUUGAAGAAUUUGUGAGCGGUUACCAAAAUUUAAUCGACCGUGACCCGUUGAGGUCCAUCUUGGACGUACCUCAAGGGGAUGUUGAAGUGGAAGUCAUUGAAAGACCCAUUCGUACUUUACUACCCAUAGUACCCGAGGAAAAACUAGAACUGUUACUACCUCAUGUUAGAGCUUGCGCAGAAUGUUACAAAUCUCAUUGGAAGGUUAUUAGAUAUAAUCACAGAUCAUUAAGUAGUAGCAUUUCAAGCAGAAGCAAUCUUUCAAAAACCUUGCUGCCUACUCCCAAACAAGAAUUUGAAGUAGAUUUUCAAGUAGCGCCAUCCGAGGCUAGCAGUGAAUUAGAUUUAACUUCACAGAGUAGUAGUCGUCAAAGUGUAGUAUCGAUCACUUCGGCAUCAUCGUCAUGUGGAGACACGUUAACUCCAAGAAAUUCUUGGGCUUCUUUAGAUCUAAGGCACUCUGCGGGAGACCCUUUAAUCCCAGAAAUUUUAGAACAUGCUGCACCAGAAGCUUUGGACCAGUUAAAUGAAAGCAGAAGGCAAACGGAAAGACAAGAUACCUUGUUUGCUCUCACGCCUACCGAAUUGCAGCACGAAAUCAAUGAACCUGUCGAAAAAAGACUUCCCGCAACUGCCCCUUAUGAACACUUGGGGCACAGGAUUCUGGUCAAGUGCCAACAGUUAACAAUGGACAUUGAGGUAGAACCCUUGUUUGCAUCGAUGGCCCUUUACGACUGCAAAGAACGAAAAAAGGUGUCGGAAACAUUUUACUUUGACUUGAACCCUGAGGGGUUGAAAAGAAUGCUUGGCGGUCACGUUAUGUAUUCGGAUACCAGCUCCUUGGCGAGAGGGUGUAUUUUUAAUGUAUCGCAUCCUUCGUCCGACUUAUUCAUCGUAGUUCGUGUGGAGAAAGUUCUUCAAGGUGACCUUAAUGAGUGCAUAGAGCCCUAUUUGAAGGAGGAUAAGAAUCGAGACAAGCUGAAGGCUAUAGCCGUUUCUGUGUGUGAAAGGCUGGGAAAAUACAGACAGGCGUUUGCUUGGACCGCUAUUAAUUUAGUGAAUGUUAUUAAUGGUGGGAAUUCUCUGGAUAGGGACUCCGAUAGGGACUCGAUGGGGUCCGGUUCUAAUACAAACAGUUUAGAUCGAAAAUCGUGCAGUAGUGGCUUAGAACAGCUAAGGAGAAGGGCCACAGACAUGGGAACUCUAACUAGGAGGGGCUCCCUAGAAAGGCGUGAUAAGAGACGUUCUUGGUCGCCUGACCAUUUAGCGACCAGUCUGGAUUCAUUCCGACCCAUCACGCUUACGAUGUCGUCGUUUUUCAAACAGGAAGGCGAAAAAUUGAGAGACGAAGACCUCUACAAAUGCCUUCAAGAACUGAAGAGACCCACGAUGGUUUUGAAAAAAUUAAAAUGCAUUCCGGCAACCUUCAAAUUAGAAAUAUCUCCUUGUCCGGCUGAAGUGAAGAACUGCCUAACCACCGAGUUGGUGAAGAUACACCCGUUCCCUGACGAUAAAGUCAGGCCUUUAAAGGAGCUCCUGGAGUUUCCCGUCAAGGAACUGCUGGUGCCUCAUUACACUUACAGAAAUUUGUUAUUAGUCAGUCCUAAGGAACUGAAUUUUUCCAAUCGUACCGGAUCCGCACGUAACUUAGCGGUGAAAAUACAACUGAUGGCCGGUGAGGAUGAGAAACACGCCCUGUAUAACAUUUUUGGGAAAUCCAGCUGCCCGGAAAUGACGAACGAGGCUUAUUCGGCCGUCACUUAUCACAGUAAGAGUCCCGUUUUUUACGACGAAGUUAAAGUCAAACUGCCAGCCGCCUUGGGGGACAACCACCAUUUGCUGUUCACUUUUUACCAUAUUUCUUGUCAGAGGAAGAUCGAACAGAACACAGUAGAUACUCCAGUGGGAUAUACGUGGUUACCUUUGCUGCGAGAUGGUCGUUUUGUGUCGGGAGAAUUCUGUCUGCCGAUAAUGCUAGAACCUCCACCACUCAACUACAGCUACAUACCUCCCGACGUCUGCCUGCCGGGCACAAAAUGGCUCGACAACCACAAGGGCCUAUUCACUGUAACUUUAGAUACAGCGUCUUCGGUUCACACCCAUGAUCCCCCGGUUGAAAGAUUCUUCGCGGCCUACGACGUCGUCCAUACCGGCAUUAUACCAGCUAGGUUGGGAGAAAUGGGCUCGGAAAAUGAGUUAAGAGCUGCAAUGCUGGGACUGUCAGGCGCGAGACCAGAGACAAUCGUGAGAAAUCUACCGCUGAUUUUUGAUUGUAUAAUAGAACUUCUGGUGCAACCUCCUAGAUUGUCGGGGCAUACUCUGAACGUUGGGCAUACUUGCUUCGAAGCAAUUUGUCUGUUGUUAGAAAAAAUAUCGAAUCUUCAAGAGCUGUCUAUCGAUCAGCACUCCCGCAACGCCCUAUUAGCGACGUACGUGCAGUACCAGUGCAACAUGCCUCAUCCCUUAUUCUCCAGCAAUCAGAGCUCUCCCGAUUACGAAAGCACCACCAGUUUAACGCGCAGCAAUUCCAACCCCGAUCUUGAAGUAGCUCACGUGCAAUAUUCCAGAGGUCUCGAUCGUGCGGCGAGUAUGCGGGUACCGACCAACGAACUCAUCAGCCCGAAUAGCAUCACAUGCCAGAGGAUCGUACACCAGGAACUGGCGUUGCAGUGGGUGGUUUCCAGCGGCAGAUCUAAGGACUUAGCCAUGCAGAACGCUUGGUUUCUGUACGAACUGAUCGUCAAGAGUAUGGUGGAGCACCUGGCGCACACCAGAAGCCUAGACUCGCCCAGGAAAUUAAGGUUCUCCGACCAGUUCCUCGACGACAUCUCCACGUUGGUCCACACCGUCACCGCGGAGAUUAUAUCGCAUUCCACCGGCGAAACGCGCAAAGCCCAUAAGCUCAACGCCGCCCUGGCCUUUUUCUUCUACGACUUGCUCUCCAUCGCCGAUAGGGGUUGGGUGUUUCAGUUGUUGAGGUCGUACAACAAGCAGCUGCAAGCAAAAAUCGCUUCCAUGCUGGAUUCCGUUCUGGUAGAGCUUAAGUUGGAAUUCGCCAGGAUCAUCUGCAGUCACGAGCAUUACGUCGCCUUGAAUUUGCCGUUUGCUUCUCCUUUUAUGUCUAGCAGCGCCAACGUGUCCCCUAGUCCGAGCGUUACGAGUUCUACGAGUCAGAAUUCAUUUUUGUCCGGGGCACCGGCCAGCCAAGAGAGAGCCAGUACUUUCGCGGAGUUGUCGCCGGAGUAUCGGCAGCAUCACUUUCUCACUGGAAUGGUUCUUUCCGAUUUGGCAACGGUGCUUCUAGAAAUGCACCAGUCAUCGCUUCACAGUAAAGCAGUCGACACAGUUAGAUUUCUCUUAUCCUGGCACGACAGCGAUCCGCGUUACACCUCCCCAGAGGGCCGCCAGAGAGUGGCGGCUCUCUAUUUACCGCUGCUCUCUAUCGCCAUGGACGUCCUUCCGUUCCUGCAUCACUUUACCAUGGACAAAACGCAAUACAACAGCGACGACUCGGGGCCUAGCAACAUCAACCAAACUGUGGCUAUGGCUAUAGCGGGGAAGCUCCCGCCUUCUACAUGCGACACCUUUCCAAAUCUGCAAUCACGGAAACUUGGCAUCAGCGCGGAUGUGACCCGGAGCAUCCUAACUUGCGUUCUGUGGGUACUGAAGAACGUAGAACGAGAAUCCCUCUCCCAAUGGUUAGGCGAGCUGACCUCGUCUCGUCUGGCGACUCUGCUUCACCUACUCGACGCGUGUACUAGUUGCUUCGAGUACAAGCCGAGAAGAAGAGCCCCACCGCCUUCAGGGUAUGCUCACGCCCAAGGAACGCAGGACAUGCGAUCCAGACUCGAAGAUGUCAUUCUCGGGCAGGGCUCCGCUAGAGAAAUGAUGCAGAGGAGGAAAGGUGGUACCCCGCAGUCCUCCACGGAGAAGGUCCGCUGGCGCAAAGAGCAGAUGAUGUACAGGUCGGGCUUGGAUCAGAUCGAUCGCCCCAAGGACGAUCUCAUAAACGACAUUCACCUAGAGGGCCACUUCGCAACAGAGGCGUCGUUUAUUAUCUUGGAUACUUUGGAGCGGUGCGUCGCUACUAUUUCUCAGUGGGAUUCCCAACAGCAUUUAGUCGGACUGGCGCUUACGGUUCUGCUGCACGCGCUGGGGAAGAAUCAGAGCACUACCGUGCUGCCGCAUAUGUUUGCUUCGCAACGCAGUCUGGUGUUCAAAUUUCACAGCGCUUUGUUCGAUGAAGAAAGUACCCACUGCGCCGACUUAUGUUUACUCUUAUUAAAACAUUGCGGAUCCCAAAUCGCUUCCGUCAGAUCGCAAGCCGCGGCAUCUUUAUAUUUGUUGAUGAGACAGACAUUCCAAAUCGGCAAUAAUUUCGCAAGAGUGAAAAUGCAAGUCACCAUGUCCCUGAGCAGCCUCGUAGGCACCUCGGCCUCGUUUAGCGACGACUCCCUCCGACGUUCCCUCAAAACCAUCCUCGAAUACGGCGAGAGAGAUUCCGAGCUUCAGGAAACCACCUUCCCCGAACAGGUGCGAGACUUGGUCUUCAACCUGCAUAUGAUCCUGUCCGAUACGGUGAAAAUGAAAGAAUUCCAAGAAGAUCCCGAGAUGUUGCUGGAUCUCAUGUACCGCAUUGCUAAGGGUUACCAAAACUCCCCCGAUCUACGAUUAACGUGGCUAGCGAACAUGGCCCAGAAGCACAUGGAGAGGGGAAACCAUACCGAGGCCGGUAUGUGUUUAGUGCAUUCCGCCGCUCUCGUCGCGGAGUAUUUGGUCAUGUUGGAGUCUCUCCCGCAUUUGCCGGCUGGUGCGGCGGCUCUGGAACGGGUCAGUCCGAACAUUUUGGAGGAGAGUGCCGUUUCCGAUGACGUUCUGAGUCCAGAGAGGGAAGGCGGGUGUCUGGGUUCGCAUUUCACGGAAGCGGGGUUGUUAGGGUUGUUAGAGCACGCUGCUAGCAGUUUUCACGCGGCCGCGAUGUAUGAGCCGAUGAAUGACAUUUACCGAGUGCUAAUACCCAUUGCGGAGAAUAAUAGGGACUUUAAGAAGCUAGCCAAUAUUCAUGGAAAAUUGCACGACGCCUUUACAAGGAUCGAUCAGCUUUCUGGUAAACGGAUGUUCGGAACGUACUUCCGAGUCGGUUUCUAUGGGUCAAAAUUUGGGGAUUUGGACAGAGAGGAGUUCAUAUACAAGGAACCCACCCUCACGAAAUUGCCGGAAAUUUUUAGUCGCCUAGAGAACUUUUACGCAGAAAGAUUCGGCCCAGAAAACGUCAUAAUCAUAAAGGAUUCCAACAUAGUGGACUUGAAUUCCUUGGAUUCCGACAUGGCCUACAUACAAAUCACUUACGUGGAACCGUACUUCGAACAGUACGAGUUACGUUAUAGGCAGACACAUUUUGAUAGGAACUUCAAUAUAAAGCGUUUUGUGUAUGCGACACCAUUUACGAUGACUGGAAAGGCGCACGGGGAAUUAAGGGAGCAGUAUAAGCGCAAAACGAUUCUCACCACAGCCGUUCACUUCCCUUAUGUCAAGACUAGAAUUCAGGUCGUGUCUCGAUCUCAAAUUACUUUAACUCCCAUCGAAGUCGCCAUUGAAGACAUACAGAAGAAGACUACCGAAUUGGCGACCGCCACACAACAGGAGCCGCCAGAUCCGAAGAUCUUGCAGAUGGUGUUGCAAGGGUGCAUCGGUACGACGGUGAAUCAGGGACCGUUGGAAAUGGCGGUGACAUUUCUGCCUAGCGACGGAAAAGCUUUGACCAAGCACCAGAACAAGCUGAGGUUGUGCUUUAAGGAUUUCUCCAAGAAGUGUCAUGAUGCGUUGAGGAAAAACAAGACUUUAAUUGGACCAGACCAAAAAGAUUACCAAAGAGAACUCGAUAGGAACUACAAAAGACUCGUCGAUAAGUUGCAUCCGUUAGUCAAUCCGCAGUCGGUUACUAUUGUUAACUCGAGUCCACACAAAUAUCCGCAUUCUGAAAAUUCUCCGUUGAGGUGGUAGUCCGUAAUAUAGCAUCAUCGUUUCUCUUUAGUAUUUAUUUUCAGUUUUAGACGUCAAGUAUUCAAUCUUAAACUAGGCAUAUAUUUUUAUAUUUUAUAUGUAUUACACGCUUUUAUAUUUUUUAUUUUUAUAUAGGA